AUGGAGAAAGCAACAACCAUGAAUCAAGCCGAGCGCGACGCCCUAGACCUCGCCGCCCUUGGCCACAAUGAAGCCCUCUCCCGCAAAUUCAGCAUGACAUCCAUGCUCUCCCUCGCCUUUUGUAUUCUCGGAACAUGGGCCGUCUGCGCCCAAGCCCUCGCAACAGGUAUCCAGAACGGCGGACCAGUAACAUGUCUCUGGGGUCUCGUCCUCGUAUGUCUGUGUAACUUGGCUAUCGCCAUGUCGCUCGGUGAGAUGUGCUCUGCUAUGCCUACCGCGCUUGGACAGGCGUACUGGACUGGGAAGCUUUGGAGGACUGAGAUGGGCAGGUUUAUGAGUUAUAUGACCGCUUUCAUCAGCACUCUUGGAUGGUGGUGUCUUUCUGCUUCGCAGAUUGCUUUCAUGGCGGAUUUUGUCUUGUCGAUGAAGCUUAUGUUCGACCCUUCAUGGACAGGACUCAACAACGGCUGGGUAAAGUUCCUUGUGUAUACGGGAAUCAAUAUUCUGUUUACCUUUGUCAACUACGUCGGUUGUCGCUCCGAGAAAUUCCUCCCUUGGUUCAACAACUUUAUCGCCGUUGGCUUCGUUGGUCUCUUUGUAACCUUCUCUCUCGCCCUUCCUAUCCUCGUUGGAACAAAGUCGAAUCUCGAAUAUCAAUCGCCAGAAUUCGUCUUUGGAGCAUGGAUCAAUGAUCAAGGCUGGACUGAUGGCGUGGUUUUCUUCCUUGGUCUUGUACAAGCUGCGUAUGGCUUGACAGCUUACGACUCUGUCAUCCACAUGGUAGAGGAGAUCCCAGCUCCUCGACGAAAUGGACCUAGAACAAUGGUGAUGGCUAUUGUUCUCGGCGCCAUCUCAGGCUUCAUCUUCCUUGUUGCCACCCUCUUCUGCAUCCAGGAUCUCGACACCACUCUGGAUCCCCCCUCUGGCUUCCCCUUCAUCGAAGUCGUACAGAACAUUGUGGGACUCAAGGGUGCAGCUGUCUUGAUCGCUCUAUUCGUCUUCAACGGUUUCGGUCAAGGUAUCUCAAUCGUGACAUCCUCCUCGAGACUUACCUGGAGUUUCGCCCGAGAUGGAGGCCUACCAUUUGCAGAGUAUUUCUCUCAUGUUGAUCCUUACUGGGAGGUUCCUGCUCGCUCACUGAUCCUUCAAGGAGUCAUCAUCAACAUUGUUGGACUCUUGUAUCUCUUCUCAAGCACAACCCUCGAUGCUAUCCUGAGUGUUAGCACCAUCGCCCUCACCAUCUCAUACGCAAUCCCCAUUGCUGUCUUGAUGGUCGUUGGCAGAGACAAGCUCCCUUCAGGAGGAGAGUUUGGGUUGGGUAGAUUCGGACCAGCACUCAACACUGUUUCCAUCAUCUACACUGUCAUCACUACAGUCUUUUUCUUUUUCCCAAGUUCACCGAACCCAGCUUUUGGGGAUAUGAACUUUGCCAUUCUCGUUUUUGGAAUCAUGCUUAUUAUCUCACUGGUUUUCUGGUUUGUCAAGGGAAACAAGACUUUCCUGAGAAUUGAAGACGUCUCUGAUCAUAUACUAUAUGGCCAAGGGGAGGAUGACCAAUCAAGAACGGUCGAUGUGCCUGAGAAGCAUUGA